AUGCAAACUCAUUACAUGGCUCGUUUAGCUUCAACACAAAAUUUUAAUACAAUUCGAAGAACAUUAUCAGGGCGAACAUUACCUGGUCUUCGAAAAUUAAUACAAUCUAAUUCUCUACAGACGACAACAUCUCUUCGUUCAUCAUAUAUAUUUCGUUAUGCAUCAACAAAUUCAUCAAAUGAUGAACAAAAUCGAAAUGAAGAGAAAAAAAAGAAUAUGACAAAUUUAAUGUAUAUUGUUGGUGGUUUAACAGGUGUCGUUGCUAUUUAUUCAAUUUUUCAAAAUCGAAAAAGUUCAAAAGGCAAAAAACAAGCCGUUACAGAAUAUGAUGAAAAACAUAAACAAUCUCAAGAUUCUAUUAAUAAAAUUGAUGAUUCAAAUAAAACACUUGUUGAAAAAGUUCAUGAUUUACAACAACGAAAAUUACUCGCUGAAGAAGAAGAUUCAGAUAAAAUAACAGAAAUGAAUAAAAAUGAUUUAACACCAAAUAUUCCAAAUUUUGCUCAAUAUUUAAUUAUUGGUGGUGGUGCAACAGCUAUGAGUGCAUUUAAAUCUAUACGUGCAAAUGAUCCAACAGCAAAAGUUCUUGUUAUUAGUUCAGAAAAAUAUUUACCAUAUAUGCGUCCUCCAUUAUCAAAAGAUAUUUGGUAUACUGAUGAUGAUGAACUUAUACAAAAACAUUCAUUUAAACAAUGGAAUGGAAAAGAGAAAAGUUUAUAUUUUAAUGAUAAAGAAUUUUAUACAGAUGUUAAAAUCCUUAAUGAUCAAGAAAAUGGUGGUGUUGCAGUUGUUCUUGGAAGAAAAGUUGUUGAUCUUGAUUUGAAAAAUUCUGUAGCAAAAUUAGAUAAUGGUUGGGAAAUAUCAUUUGAAAAAUGUUUAAUUGCUACGGGUGGUCAACCACAAACGUUAAGAAUAUUUAAGACAGCAUCAAGUUAUUUGAAAAGUAAAUUGUCACUUUAUAGAGGAGUAAGUUCAAAGUUUCAAAUAACUUUUAUUUCUUCUCUUCGUAAAAUGUAA